AUGAGCUUUCCGAGCAUGACGCCGCCGAUGGGUGGCAUGGGAGGCGCACCAGGGAUGCAGGGCAUGAAUGAGCAGGAGCAGGCAAUGGUCAAGAUGAUGCAAGCCGGGAUGGAAUCGUGCCCGAUUAAGACCGUCAUUUCCGGUACAAUGGGAUUCGGACUUGGUGGAGCUUUCGGUCUCUUCAUGGCCAGUAUGUCCUACGACUCGCCCUUCACCCCCCAGGGCCGGGAAAUUGCCAAUCUCCCCUGGCGCGAGCAGGUCCGUCGCGGCUUUAAGGAUAUGGGUGCUCGCUCGUGGUCGUCGGCCAAGAACUUUGGCAUUGUCGGCGCGCUGUACUCGGGCACCGAGUGCUGUAUCGAGGGCCUCCGCGCUAAAAACGACCUCACCAACAGUGUCGCCGCUGGCUGUGUCACUGGCGGUAUCCUGGGUGCCAAGGCUGGUCCCCAGGCGGCUGCCGCUGGAUGUGCAGGCUUUGCUGCGUUCAGUGCUGCUAUCGACGCCUACAUGAGGAUGCCUUCGGAGGAGUAA